CCCUUCGUGUGACUUGACGGUGAGAGCGGAGGAAGGGAGGCCACAACCAGCGAGCUCCGAGCGGGCUGCGGAGGAUGUCGACCCCGCUGCGGGGACAAGCCCCGGGCGAGACGCUAGUGUCCGGCCGGCCGCCGCUCACCCCGUCGCCUCGCACCCGCGGCCCCCGGCGCCCAUGAAGCCGCGGCCGAUGACUUCCCGAGCAGCUGGAGUGAGGCGGAAAGUGGCCGGAGACAGAGAGGAUGUACUGGCGCGUCGGGUUCGCCUGGACGCGGUCGUGUGUGGUUGAUCUCGGCCAGAACCGGAGCUUCUCCUGCGGCCCGCUGAGCUCCGGCGAGGAGCUGUCGUUUUAUGGGUGCAUCAUCGCCUACCCCCUGCAGGACCACAGCGGGAUCAUGUCCGCUCUGGGCUCGGACUCGUGGUGGAGGAAGACGCUGUAUCUGACCGGAGGGGCUCUGCUCGCUGCCGCUGCCUAUCUGCUGCACGAACUGCUGUCCAUCAGAAAGGAGGAAGAGCUGGACUCUAAAGAUGCCAUCAUACUCCACCAGUUUUCCAGGCCCAAAAGUGGCGUCCCGUCCCUGUCCCCUUUCUGCCUUAAAAUGGAGACCUACCUCCGCAUGGUUGACCUGCCCUACCAGAACUACUUUGACGGGAAGCUUUCGCCGCAGGGUAAGAUGCCGUGGAUCGAGUACAACCAGGAGCAUGUGUUUGGCUCAGAGUUCAUCAUGGACUUCCUGGAGGAGAGGCUGGGCGUGAGCCUCAACAAGAGCCUGACACCGCAGGAGAAGGCCAUGUCCCGCGCCAUCACCAAAAUGGUGGAGGAACAUUUCUACUGGACCAUAGCCUACUGUCAGUGGGUGGACAACCUGGAGGAGACCCAGAAGAUGCUGUCGGUGAGCGGACCGCUGAGUGACCUGCUCAAGUGGAUCCUGAGUCACCUGACCGGUGGGAUCGUCAAGAGGGAGAUGUACGGUCACGGGAUCGGGCGCUUUUCUAAGGACGAGGUUUACGCCCUGAUGGAGAAGGACAUGCGCACCCUCGCCACUAUACUAGGUGAUAAGAAGUACUUUAUGGGCUCGAAGCUUUCCGCAGUCGACGCUGCAGUGUUCAGUCACCUGGCUCCUGCUAUGUGGACGCUACCAGGAACACGUCCGGAGCAGCUUAUCAAAGGUGAGCUGAUCAACCUGGCCAUGUACUGUGAGCGUAUCCGCCGGCGCUUCUGGCCCGAGUGGUUCGUGGACCUGGAGGACUUCUACUACAGCGACACCACAGAGGGCAGCGACUCGCACUCCAGACUCCCUGACCUGGGUCUCUACUCCUGCACGGACACUUUCCAGGAAGAAACAAAAACACACACUUCACCCGCCCCCACUCCACAGGACGCCCCGUCGCCGUCCCCGGACAGCGACCCCACAGGCCACUCGCUUUAUGACUCUGACAUGGACACGGAGUGCUCUGAAAUGGACCAGCUCAAGUGUUGACAACACUUACACGGCUACAUACGCACACACCACAGGAGGGCGCUGCUUCCCACCUGCACACAUGCCCCCUACCUCUUAGAACAGUGAAUAACUGGGGAGUAUUUCUGGUGUGGAGAAAUCGAGGAUGUACAGGUUUAACUGUAGUGGAGGAAUGAUCGCUAUAGAGGGAAAGGGAGUGAAGGAUAGUUUAAAAAGUUCAGAGAUGGACAGAAGAAAAAAGGAGGCAGCUGUUAAAGGAAAAGAGAAGACAUAGAGAAAAAGAUUGAGAAGUAAUAAACCAGGAGUGAAUGAAGCUGCAGCUGAGAAACUCCUCCACGUGGUCGACAUCAUCUGCAGUCACAACCUUCUACCUGUCAUCCCGUUGCUGUAACCUCGGCAACCACGUGUGUGUGGCCCCCUCCUCCCCCGUAGCAACUUGCACCGCCCGGCCUUGUGUGAGUUUUCGACUAAACCGAACCCUCAAACGCCUUGUACUGAUAUGUCGUCCACAUGUAGGGAACUGUACAGGAUUCAUGUGAACGAAGACGAGUCAGUGUAAAUAUAUAAAAGGAUCUGAUUGGAUUCUCAGAUUUAAUAGAUAGAAUAUUUAAUUCUAUAUGAGUAUAAAUAGUAUAGAUAGCUUGCAAAUAUAAAAUCAUCCCCUCUGUGAUAUGGUGUAAAUAAUGUCUGUGUUUCCUCUGUGAAAUCCAUUUUGUGUUGGACACAAAUUGUCUUGUGAUAGUCUCCAUGAUUACCCACUCCGCUGGUCUAGGAUCAGAACAUGACCUCCUGUGUGUGUGUCCGUCUACACAACUGGGAUAUUACAGUCAUUUCUGUUGCCCAUAUUUAAAGAGUGUAGUUAUAGAUAGUGGAUAUUAGAUUGUAAAGCACUUUGAAAUUUUAUUUUGUCUUAUUAAGAUGCUUAUUUUGCCAAAAAAACCAACAACAACCACAUCCUUAGAAUAAUAUGGCAACAUAGAAGCUUUGUCUCAAUUCAGCAGCAGCUGCAUUCAGAGGAUGUGGUCUGAACAGCACAGGAAACACACCUCCUCCGUGGGCCUUGUAGACCGCGAAGCGUCACCAGCUCGUCCUGAGACACGAGGAGAAAGUUUUAAUGCCCCUUGCUUUUUCUCAACAUGUGCGCCGUUUGCUUUUCGGUUUCAUUGAAGUGUGAUACUCAAGCAUUGCACCUCUCCAUGUUGCCAUUACCACAUGGUUUGUCUCUGAAUCGCAAUGCAUGCUGGGAUAGGUUGAGCCGGGAAGGGUCCACUUGUUGGAGCCUUUGUUUCUUGUCGGCCGCAUUUGUAGGAGCCUUCGAGAUGGGACAGCCAGGUCGCGCCGCUUGACCCCUGAAUCGAGACACAGCUUCACUGUCAUGCCCCUGUGUUGUUUGUCUUUCAGGACAUUAGUCACACAGACAUUUACAUGCAUUAAGAGCGAGUCAAACAAUCACGUAGAAACAGAUUUAAUAGAUAUAUAAUCUGAAUGAAAGUGCAUGGCUGGCGCGUCCCUUUACACUUCAUGUGGAUAGUUUUAUCUGCAUUUCUAAGCUGGCCUGUUUGAGUUUGACGUCGUGACGCAGUUUGGGUUUUUCGAGGCCUCUGGGCAAAUCAAAGAUGUAGCCGAUGGAUCAUGAAAAAUACUUUUUAUUUAAACUCCACUAGCAGUUUGGUUUCUGUGUCAACUGCUUCACAUUUCAAAAUGAUGGAUUGCUCAGAAAACGUUAUGUAAAGCAAUAAGAGAGCGAAUUUGAUGCUAGACUGCGUGGUAUGCGGGCUGUGCGAUUGCGAGGUGCGGGUUUGAUGUGUGUUUGUCAUUCAGCAAAUGCACGUGCCGACAUGUUGCGUGUUCAGGCUGCUUGUAUGGACGCAAGCAAGGGCUGCACAGUGGGUUCUGCUUCUGUUUUACUUCAAUCCGGCAGGCGAAUUCAUUAAUUUCAGCAAAUGGAAUAAAGUGAAAAAUUUACUGAAAAUUGCUGUGACAGGGAUAAUGCAGAGAUACUUGUGUUGUGUGCAUAUGUUGGCCAGAUUAAGUAAAGUGCAGAACAGUGAAGCCAAAAAUAUGUUGGAGAUCAUUUAGGAGAGUCUCUAUUAAGUUUUUUCCCAUCUACUAAAUGUCCCAUGCAGCUCAUGUGUUAGUCACAAUGUCUUAUAAAAAGUUAAUAUCGGCCAAUGUGUCAUUUGAGGAUCAAAUAUCGACAACCGAUCUCUAAAAUCAAUCAUUGGUCGGCCCCUACUCGUGUAGAUGAUGCACAAAAAUUAUACUUAUAUAACUUAAAAAUAUGCAGCAUUAAUAUGUAGCGCUAUAUUGUGAAAUAAAUAUCAAUACGUCAAAAAUGAAAUUCAGCACAUAGAGAAUAGGUAGACCUGUGAUAGGUCAAUAAUGGAAUAUUAUGAAUGAUGUUUCCGUAGAACCACGGUGUUGAUAGUGAUGAUUGUCAGAGGGAUUUUACUCAAGAGUUUAAUGAGGAUUUCAUGACAGAUUUGAUUUAAUUGUCCUCUGAGGCCACACCGAGGCCACACCUCUUCACUGGAGGAGUUACACCCUGGGUUCUCUGUCAAAAUCAUAACCUAUACGAAGCCUUUAGGGAAGAGAUAAUCGACACGUGGACGGCAAAGCCUUUAUGUGUGCGCGUGUGUGCUGCAGUUUAUUUUUCAGUACAAUAAUACAGCCUGAAACUUAAGGAGAUGAGUUUUCGUUUUGUGUCUUCAAACCCCUUUGCCUGCAUGUUCUUGCCUUCUCUCGUCAACAGUCAGAUUUAGCCUUAUAAUAACUAACUCCUUGAGCUGUUUACUUUAUGCCAGUGCCAGCAUAUAUUUUUUUAUACAGCGUUAUUUAUUUAAUGUGUGUCAUAUAAGUGAUAAUGAUGUUGGAUGUGUUUGAAUUUUUAAAGAAUAUUGUUAUUUUGCACACUUCUUCUUUGUUAUGUUUACAUGUGUUGUCUUAAAAAUGAUUUUAUUGAUCUGUGUGUUUUAGUGCAAUACUGUGGAUUUCCGCUGACUUCCUGUUGACACUGAAGAAAAUGCACAUUGUAACGUCGCCACUCAUUGCAUGUUUGUCCACGUUUUGACAUGUCAUUUGGUAAACGUAAAAAUAUUCCUAUCAUGACGUCAUAAUGUUCCAGCAGUUUUGUGAUAGAAUAGAUGAAACCGUAAAAGAGAACAUGAAAUACUGAGGUAAAACACCAAACAUUACUCCUUCCAGAUCAGCGUCCGUGGGAAACUUCAUCUGUCUCAGUGUUCCUCACCAGUUAAAGGUCAGAGGUCGUGUGUGUCACGUUCCCAUUGAGAUUUCUGCUUAUAGACUUUAGAAGCCAUAAUGUCAUCCUGGUGUCGUGUGUGUGUGCUGAAACACUUGUGGAUUCUCAUCAAACUGUAAAUAAGAAAACUGGGGAGGGGGGGUUAAAAUUGCGGAAAUUACCUAAAAGAAUAAAACUCUGUCACAUUUAAAAAUAAAAGAUUAUUAUGAAUGUAUCAUACCUAGAGAUAAAAAGCUGUAUGACAAUGGAUUACUCAUAAUAUUUCAUUAAAUAUAGCUGUGUUAUUUUCCUCUG